UACACAUCUAACCUACCCUAAUCUGUUCCUCGACCAUGGCAUUCGAUCGGAUAGCGAUACGGAUAGGACGCGCGAGGUUGUUCCUGUUGUAAAAUAAACGAUGACGUGCGUUUACGUUAUAAUAACAGCGAUGAAAUAGCGAACGCCGUCGAAAGCAGGAUAGAAGUGAAUGUAUUUCGAGAAUGUUGAUAUCUGACAGCUGCGCGAUUAAAUUCGUUAAGAUGGUGUAGAUGUUACAUACGUAACGAAUUAUAUUUGUGACGGAGAAGCGUUUUGAAAACAUUCAUCGUGGUGUUUGAUCUCCUCUUCGUUUAGAGAUCGACUUGAAGCAGGGAAAAAUGGAAGAAAAAUGCAGUAAUAGAGGCAUGAUAGGAGAGGAGGAACUCGAAGACACUGAAAAUAUAAUAAUUAAUGAAGUGGAUGGUUUACCAAAUUUACAUCCAAAUUACGAGCAAUUAGAACUUGAAUUUGAAAGAGAAAGCCACGAUACAGAUAUUAGAUCAAUCGAUGAGUUGGUUCAUGAUGAAGACUUACCAACUUCUGUAAUUGUUACUAAUGUUGAUCCUCGAGUUUUUAAGAAUGAUGAUUUAAAGCCAGCCAUAGAAAAUCUUUUCAAACAAUUUGGAGAAGAUGCUACGUUUCAAUACUUUAGAUCCUUCAGAAGAAUGAGGGUAAAUUAUAAUUCUCCCAAUGCUGCAGCAAAUGCAAGAUUGCAUUUGCAUCAAACGCAUUUUGGAGAAACUGAUAUUAAUUGUUAUUUUGCACAACCAGUGACGCCUAUAGAUAUGGAGGAUCAGCAUCUGCAACCACCUGCUCUUACCAAACAGUUCCUCAUAUCUCCUCCUGCUUCUCCACCAGUUGGCUGGAAACCACGUGAAGAAGGAGAACCUCUUGUUAAUCAUGAUUUAUUAGCUGCUAUAGCCAAUUUAUCCACAGGCGGAACUCAUGAGAUACAUCCAGGAGGGUCGGGACAACCGGGAAUAGUUGUGCAUGUUUGUGAGAGUGCGAAUUCGGCGAAAAAUGCGCCUCGUAUUCAACAUACGCGAUGCCCAGAACACUAAUUUUUCUUUUCCCGUUUUUUGGUUGAUCAUACAUUGAUAGGCUCUUAUAAUCUGCAGAGUAACUAGAUUCAAGCUGAAAAAAGAGCGCAUCUAGCGAGUGAUUUUAAAUUAAAAAAAAAGGUAUUAUAUAAUAAGAUUAUAAUUCACACAUUCAAUUGUGUGUAGCUAGAUCCAAAUGAUGAAAAAAAAGUGAUGUAUCAUAAAAAGAUUGACAGUUUACAGACAACGAUGAAAUCUGGUAUAUAAUAUUUACCAAGCUUCCCACGGAUAACAGUGAUCUAUAAAUAUCAAUUCUCUAUAAAUAUUUAUUGUUAUAUACUGAUCAAGAAAUAGAGUUUAAAAUUGUGUUUGCACAUUGUGAGAAAAUUUGUGAAUUGCUUAUAUUUUUUAUUUCUGACAAUAUAUACGCGACGCGAAGAGAAUCCAACAGUUGAAGAAAUUCCAAUAGUUUGGCCUAUAUUGUCUAUGUUUUUCUUAAUAAUUGAUAUUGUAUCGUACAUAUCGUGAAAAAUUACGUCCUAUGUGAUAAAAUUAAAAAUCGAUGAAUCAAAGAUGGAAAUUGUUGAAAAUAUAUUCAGAGAUUUUGCAAUUCUACCUCUCAUUGUCGGUGUGUUAUUUCUAUUCUUAAACACAUAAUGUAAUAAAACAUAAUAUUGUAAAUCUACAUAAAAGAUACUAAUAACUAAUUUUAGAAUAAUCGCUCGACACACAGAAUCAAAAAGUUCUAUUUUA